AUGGUCCAAGGUAGAAACGACGAUGCUGUGGAAAAUAAUAAGGAAGACGACAACAUUGAAAACGAUAAUGAUGAAGAAGAAAAGGAUUUUGACAAAAUUGAAGCUCGACUGCAAUCCAUGUUGGAUUCCGCCAUGAAAUCUACGGAAAUGAUAGGCAAAAUGUCAGAGGAAUCCCAAAAGGCAUAUGUCAAAAGACUCUUUUCUUUUUCACCACUGGCAUAUUUUGGCAAGCCAAGUUGUUUGUCUCCUCUUGUGUGCGCAAGACUUGGAUGGCGAAAUGCCGAAAAAGACUUGCUGGUAUGUUCGUCGUGUCAUGCCGCCCUUGCCAUCGCUCUUCAUCCCGGAUUAUCCCCCGACUCGAAAGAAAAGAUUUGUAAUGUCUACCGUGAAAAGCUGGCGACCUAUCACAAAUCCAAUUGUCCUUUCAAAGUUGAAGGAAAGGAAUUUCUACUUAAUCACCAAAAAGAGGAAGAGGAAGAAGGCAUUCCUUCCUACAUUGUGGAUGUCUUUCCCAGAAAGAGUGUCGAAUUGGUGGAGCAUCCGAGACCAUCCACAUUGCUCCAAAGUCGUGCCAAGCAGCUAGAAGAGCGCUGCCCAGCUGGCUACAAGUUCCCCAAACUAGAAGUACCAGAAUCAGAACGCAAACAAGUAGAUUCUCCACAUAUAUCGCUUGCUGCCCAACUCAAAACCAACGAGAGUGCUGCCAUGCUAGCACUCUUGGGAUGGGAACCGAUUGUGGAGGAAAAUAAAAAGCCGACGGAUGUGGAAUCCCCAUUGCCACUAAUACUUGGUUGUCGGUUCUGUUACUCUCGAAUGGAGCUAACGUUGGAGAAGGAACUAGAACAAGAACAACAAGUCGAGCAAGAGGAGGCGACGACCAAAAGCCCUCCAGCCAAGAAAGCAAAGCUCUCCAGCAGGCAUUCUGCACCACUGGAUGCGCAUCGACAUUAUUGUCCCCUUGUCUGUGGAUUCCCAACUCGCUUUUUUGGUCCCAAGAAAGCAAUGUGGAAGGCCAUUGUUUCCCGCCUCCAUCAGGAGGCCGAGGAGGUUGCAAAUAUUCCACCUCCAACUGGUGAAGAAACCAAAAUGACAGAGGAAGAUUUCAAUCAGACAGUAUACAGAAUAAAUGAUAUUCUCGAUGCGGCCAUUGCGCCAUUGAAUCCAAGACUAAAAGCUUUCGAAGAUAUAUGA